GACUCGUCGGGGUGUGGUGAGCGGACUGUGAGAGAUACGGGUGCUGCCAACAGCUCACCGUGUUAUUGUGAGGAGGAGUGAGGAGUGAGAAGUGGUGAGCUCACCGACCGGUGCGUGAGCUGGUGAGAGGGAGCUCACCGGCUGCCAACACGGAUAAGCCAAGGCGUGCGAUGGCGCGAUGAGCCGGUUAGCCGGCGCCCCCGGCGUCACCGGACACGUGACUUGUGACGUCACGGAGGAGAGGGCAGCUGACGCAGACGGCUACCGGCGCGCAUUCAGGGAGAGCCGCGGCAGCGCGUUCAACCGCUCUAUCAUCGAGAACCCACUGUUUGCCAUGCUGGGAGGAGAGAACCGUGACCCUCUGAGGUCGGACGCUGACCUUUGGCCGGUCAAACGGCCGCUGGGGGAGGACGAGCCGCCGUGUCCUACCAAACUGAGCCUGGGAGGAGGGGAGCAGUGCUCCGUGAGGGUCACUUCCAGGGAGGACAGGUUUAUACCGUACGAGGGCCGCCCUAUGAAGCGGUGUCACUCGGCCCCCGGGGGUCACGUCAACCUGAGAGACUCUGCGGGUCGGCGACCUCGGCUGCUGCACCAGCCCAGCCGGGUCGACAUGGUCAAAAGUUACAUGCGUCAGGCGGCGAAGCACUAUUUCGGUCUGGACGAGUCGGACGAUGACCGGAACCGGGCGCGCUGGAGGGAGCGUCGUCGCCGACUGGCCUGCCGCGCCUAUGGCCGGCUCAAACCCGAGUGCUGCCAGGAGUCGGUGUACGAGCCGCCGUCGUACCGGCGCCGCUCGUUGUCCGACCUGGUGGACAUGGUGGACGGCCCGGAGCCCGCGACGCCCGCCCCCUGCCGCAGGAAGGAGCACGUGGCGCAACUCACAUGGAGGGGGCUCGGAUACCUGUCACAGUGGGUGGCGCACGGCCGGCUGGGCGGCUCGUCCCAGAGGACCCGCUCCCGCAGUUUCCCCCGGCCCUCUGCCCGGCCGCGCUCCCCGCCUCUCUACUCUGCCGAGGAGGGCGCUCUGCCCCUGGAGAGACGCACCGACCCUCUGACAGACCCGGCGCCGCCCGUGGCGGAUGAGGUGUUUUUCGACAAGGUUCCUCCCAACCCCGGCUUACCGGACGACAUCCGGGACCCACUCAGGGAGAAGGCUUUCGGUAACCGGUUCCUGCGGACGGCCUCUGAGGGAGAUACAGUGGACGCCGGGCCCUCGGUGGGCCACCGCCGCAUCUGGGCGAGGCUGCUGGACCGACUGUUCGACAACAGCAACCGGCGGCAGUACGGCCGGGGGGUCGCAGCCAAACUGUUCGGGGGCCGAAAGUGGCGGCGCUCUGUAGCCAGCCGGGCGGACGUGGCCUCUCAGCUGGACGACCUGGAGGACCACCGACCCUACUUCACCUACUGGGUGACCACGGUGCAGGUGCUCAUCAUGGUCAUAUCGCUCGGCUGCUACGGCUUCGGACCGUUCGGCUUCGAGCUGCAGCAGAUCAGUGGGAAGGUUAUGGACACAAGUCUUUCAUUGCAACAAGUUGACUAUUGGGAACCGGCUAACCUAUGGUUCGGACCGCGAGCGGCGGACCUGAUCCACCUGGGCGCCAAGUUCGCGCCCUGUAUGCGCCGGGACGCGCGGCUGGACAGGGAGAUUCGAGCUGAGCGCAGUCGAGAGCGGCACACUGCCUGCUGUAUCCGUAACGACCGCAGCGGCUGCGUGCAGGCCCCUCGGACCGGCUGCAGCCAGACGGCGAGAAUGAGAAACCCGAGCACCAUCAGUACGUGGCACACGUGGUCGUCCGGUCGUGGCUCGGCGCCCGAGGGCCGGAUCUCUGGACCAGUCUGUGGACAGGACCCUCAUUACUGUGCCGAGCCGGCCAGCCGGGCGCCCCACGAGUGGCCAGAUGACAUCACCCAGUGGCCCAUCUGCAAACGGCCCUCCCCCGCGCCCGAGGGCAGUCUGUCUGCGGAGCACAUGACCUGCGAGGUGGUGGGCCACCCGUGCUGUGUGGGCAUCCACGGCCACUGUGAGAUCGCCACCCGCGAGUACUGCAACUUCGUCAACGGCUUCUUCCACGAGGAGGCUGCGCUCUGCUCGCAGGUCUCGUGUCUGGACGACGUCUGCGGGAUGAUCCCGUUCUAUGAUCCGGAGAAACCCGAUCAGUUCUAUCGGCUCUGGACGUCGCUGUUUCUUCACGCCGGGAUCAUCCACCUGGUUCUGACGGUGGUGAUUCAGUUUUUCUUCCUGCGUGACCUGGAGAAGAUGGCUGGCGCCUCGCGAGUGGCCGUCAUCUACAUAGUCUCCGGCAUGGCCGGCAACCUGGCCUCCUCCAUCUUCGUGCCCUACAGAGCCGAGGUGGGUCCUGCCGGCUCGCAGUUCGGCCUGCUCGCCUGUCACUUUGUCGAGGUGAUAAACGUGUGGCCGAUGCUGCAGCGGCCGUGGCGCGCCCUGUGCCGCCUGCUCGGACUCACCGUCGUCCUGUUCGCCGUCGGACUCCUGCCCUGGGUGGACAACUACGCGCACAUAUUCGGCUUUAUCGUCGGCUUUCUGCUGUCGUACGCGCUGCUGCCGUACGUGUCGUUUGGUCCGUACGACCGGGCGCGCAAGAAGGUGCUGAUCGCCGUGUGCGUGACCACCGUGACGCUGCUGGUGCUGUUCCUGCUGGUGCUGUUCUACGUGACGCCCUUCUAUGACUGCGAGUGGUGCGAGUACCUCAACUGCCUGCCGCUGACCCGGGACUUCUGCGCCGAGCAGAACAUCAACUUUGACCGCCGGCCGAGGCUAUGAUUGGCCGCGAGAGAUGGAGAGAGAGAGAGAGAGAGAGAGAGAGAGAGAGAGAGAGAGAGAGAGAGAGAGAGAGAGAGAGAGAGAGAGAGAGAGAGAGAGAGAGGGAGAGGGAGAGGGAAUGAUCUGAGCAGGACUCGGCGCGACUCUGAGGGCGUCAGUGUGUGGCGGGCAGAUCUGAGGCUAUAUGUGUGGUGCAAUUUUUGAUUGCAGGACACUGCAACGGCUGUACGCUGGUGAUUUAACGUUGCACGAAAGGUGAACGUUGGGUGUUGGCUGUGGUCAUCGCUUUGUUUUGUCCUGACUGUUAUUUAUAUGUUGAUUCUUGCCAAAUGAGGUAAAUCUAUCAGCUUAUUUAUUGGGUAUGUUAGGCCUGACAUGCCUACCUAAUACGAUUGUGCAUGCUGUCCUUGAAUGCGUCGCUCGUUUGUGUGAAGGUCUUGGAUCGAAGGAUUGAUUCAAAGCCCAAUAUUGCAGAGCUGUAUAUCACAACAGGCAUACCUACAUACCAGGGGUGAUGUAGUUCAUACCUGCGUACCUUUGCGUACCUUUGGGAAGGUGUCAUGUAUAAUGUUUUGAAGUGAUCCUGCCUUGACGGAACAUGUAAUGUUCGUUCAGGUGGUACAUCUGAUCAGUUUCAAUAAGGGGGCCGUGUUGAAAGAUCUUUAAAUACGCUGUGCCUCGCACUCAACCUCAGACUUGAAGUAGUCAGAAGGAUAGCCGUCUUUCGUUGAUUGAUCUGGGAGUUGUAUGUAAAUGACAUAUUUUUGUCGCAUCUGACUUGUUGAAUGUUUGCGUGCACGGUACUGCUUGUGGAUCCCAUGCUAGUUAAUUGCUUUGAUCUGUCCUGUUGAACAGUUGAUUAGGGCUGUCGUUGUCGUUAUAAUUUAUUACCCGUGUUCUACUUACAAACCGUUUUUAUUUAUCAACAGGAUGACUGGUUUGUAAUUCUACUUUCGUUUUAUCCAAAGAUCUGUCACAUUUCAGUACAAAUUAUAUAUAAGUGAAGCAGCGAUAAUUACCUAAUAAUGGCAACAACAUGGCACGCUGCGCAGUCUGCACAUUCCAAGUGUAUAUGUACUGACGUAAACUGUUAAAUAUUAUAACUGAUGUUAAGCGCUAUGUUAUGAAUAUAUCAUCAU